GUUUUACUUGUUGGCCGCUCACUGUGUUGCAGUUCGCUCUCCGCUGGGCUGGGCCGUUUGCCACAAGCCUGGGAAGCAGCCAGCCAUGCUCCACCGUGCCAUGCUUCCCCAUGCCUCGCUGUUGUUUAUCUCAUCUCAUUGAGAGUCUUGAAUGAGUGGAGACAAAGGAUGGCCCCAUUUUGUGGAGCUCUUUUAGCAGCUUCGUUUUAUGGAAUCAAAGAUCUAAAAAGUCGGAUGAUUUUGCUCAAGUUUAGAGGCUUAUGCUGUUUAGUUGAGCCACAUGAAUUGCCUGCUUGGUUUAAGAUCCCGGCAAGCAGGCCUAUGACUCUUAUUUCUGAUUCUGAUGAUGAUUUUGUGAUUCCGGCUGAGUCGCAGAGUUUGGUGACUUCGGUGAAUACCCGAAAAGCCAAUGGCUUCAUGACUGAUGUGAGGAAGGAUCCGCCAUGCGAGAUUGUUGUUGAUGAUGAUGUUGAUGAAAUUAGCAAUGUUUUGAAGAAGAGGUUUUCAUCUCCUGAAACGGUUUGUUUAGCUCUUGAUGCUUGCUCUGUCAAGGUCUCCAAGAGUUUGAUCGACAAGAUAUUGAGGAGGUUUAAUAAUAAUUGGAUUUCAGCUUUUGGGUUCUUUAAGUGGGUUGAUAAUCAGCCUGAAUUUAACAACAAACAGUUUCCCAAAUCAUAUGAUAUGAUGGUUGACAUCUUGGGGAAGUGUAAAAAAUUUGAUUUGAUGUUGCAAUUAGUUGAGGAAAUGAAUCACAUUGGGGGAUUGGUCUCGUUAUCAACAAUGGCUAAAGUUAUUAGAAGGUUUUCAGGGGCUAGAAGAUGGCAUGAUGCUAUAAAGACGUUCUAUGAUUUGGAGUUGUUUGGGGUAAAGAAGGAUUGUUCAGCUUUUAAUGUACUUUUGGAUAGUUUGUGCAAGGAGAGAAAUGUUAAGUGUGCAAGGGAUGUGUUCUUGUUGAUGAGGAGUCAUAUACCUCCUAAUGCUAGUAGUUUCAAUAUUUUGCUACAUGGGUGGUGCAAAGCUCGGAAACUAGACGAAGCAAAACAGGUCAUCAAGGAAAUGAGAGAUUUUGGUUUCACUCCUUGUGUGAUUUCAUAUACAAAUCUGAUUGAAGCUUAUUGCAUCCAGAAGGAUUUCGAGAAUGCCAAUGCUAUUCUUGCUGAGAUGCGAUCCCAGGGAUGCCUUCCAACUGUUGUUACAUACACAAUCAUAAUGCAUUCUUUAGGAAAGGCAAAUAAGAUUCAAGAAGCUUUGCAGGUUCCUGUCAAGAUGAGUAGAGAUGGUUGUACUCCAGACACUUCAUUUUAUAAUUCUCUGAUUUACAUACUAUGCAAAGCAGGGAGACUGGCAGAUGCAAAUCGUCUGUUUGAGGAGAUGCACAGGGAUGGGGUUCCUCCAAAUGCUAUUACAUACAGUACCUUGAUUUCCGCCUUUUGUGAUUAUUCUCAAGAGGAAGAUGCAUUCAAACUAAUUACUAAAAUGGGAGAAAGCCCUUGCAAGCCUGAUGUCAAGACUUACCACCCGUUACUGAAACUAUGCUGUAAAAGGAAAUGGACAAAAUUGUUAAUGUACUUGUUAGUAGAUAUGUUCGAAAAGGAUAUUAGCUUGGAUCCAGGCACCUACACUAUGCUAGUGCAGGGUCUGUGUCAGAAUGGCAAACUACAACAGUCAUGCUUGUUUUUUGAGGAAAUGGUGCUGAAGGGGAUUGCUGCCAGGCCCCGUACUUUAAACCUUUUGUUGGAGGGUCUUGAAAAAAAGGGCAUUUAUGGGGCAAAAGAAAAAAUUCAUCAAUUGAUGUUGCAAACACGAAGCAGAAGAUGACAGAACAAUAAUUUAAUUGUUAACACUUAAGUGAAGAUUAAUCAAAUUAUUGAAGUUAUCUUCAGCAAUCGUAAGUUUUCCUUAUUCCGUUGUCCAAUAUUCCAUCCACAGUUAAGUCAGCAUGUAAGCUUUUCUUUCUUGGCUUUUAGUUUGAAAUUUUGUGAUUAUGAGUUUUAACUUUUGUUUCUAUAAACUUAUUAAGAUUAUUAUGCAGAUUGCUUAUCAGUCAUAACUUUUUAUUGUAUGGUUUUUCUAUAACUUGAUAAUUGUUUACAUGUUUGAAAUUCUUUUCUCUCUUUGCAAUGAUGCUGAGCUUUAUCAAGGACAUUCUGUAGUUGAUAGCAUUUCUUGAACUAGCCAGCAACUUUCAAGGUCUACAAAUUUAAGCAGUUAAAUAUGUGAUGAACACCGUAAGACAAACGAAUUCUAGAAAAUAUCAUGAGUAAGUCCAUGUCACCGUCUACCUGGUGUUGUGAGAUUUGUAAACAACAUAAUAUGAUUAUUGUGGGAUUAAAUUAUAUUGUGUUGUUUAUUAAGGAAAGAGCAACAUUAGUAUUGCAAGAUGUACUAUCUCUUAAUUCUAUGAGGGGCUCGCCUUAGAAUAUUUAUGCUUUCUGUUUGUGCUUUGUAUGCUUAUUGCGUUGGAAAGCCUCUCUGGAUUUUGUUUUUAAAUAAGAAAAUGUUGUCACCCCAAUUUUCUAACAUGUUGUGCAAAGCAAAUUAAUUAAAAGAUUUCAGGUCAUUUUUUCAGAAAUAUUUGGAUUAAUUGGGCCUGUUUGUUUAGAGGGAAGGUAUAAGAUUUUGGACUUUGGAUUUUCUCUGGCAUCAUUUACAGAGAUUUAUUUGAUUGCUUAUUAUUCUAUAUUAGAUUAAAUUGGAUUCUUGUUUGUGUCAUAUGCUGGGAAGUUACUGCCAUAUUCUGUUUUGAAUUGAGUUUUCUUUGAUCCUUUGUUCAUGUGUUUUGGAAAUUUAGUCCUCCAUACUAGUAAAUUCGAAUUUUAUGAUCUCAUCUUCAGAGACAUUUGCAAUGUCGAUUUUCUCUCUCUCCUUUUUUUUUUGUGUUUUGGAGUUUAUGUUUGAGAAUUUGAACUUUGUGAUUGUAAACUGAUCACGACUCUCUAUUUGAAUUAGAUGGUUUAUUGUUGAUUAAUUUUUCCAUUUAUUAUUGCAGGAGACACCUUUUCAUGUAGAAAUGUUGUAUAAUGAUAGUGGAAUCAGAAAGUUUUCUGCUUGAGUGGAAGCGCUGAAAGAUUGAGUUGGCAAUGAAGAAUAUUUCGAUAUUGUAAUUUUAGAAUAUAAUUAUUGGAUGCCUGCUUUGAGUUUUAUAUUUAAUUGUAGUAGUGCUACGUGCCUUUAGAUGUAUUAAUUUUUAUUUUAUGGGACCAGGUGUCCAUUUUAGUUAUUAAACAACGUCCUAAAUUGUUUCCAAAAUCGAAAACUCUCACCAUUCAACUGCAAAAGAUGGUCGGUUGGUCAUCAACAAAGGUACUUUUGAUCUUUUUUAUGCCUUUCUGGAUUCUUGACUUGCACACUACCAAACAGUUCAUGCCAUUUUUGAGCAAUUCUCUGUCAUAAUCAUAGCUUUCACUCUUGUAUUGUGGGCAGCAAUCUAUAUAUUUGAUGUGCUUGUGCUUAUGUAAAGAGUAGAUUCUGCUUUUAUACGUGUUCUCUCUCGGACGGUUUGCUAACGAAAUCACCUAAUACAGGCACUUGAAUAUGUGGCUUCAAGUAAAAAGCCGGUGGAAAAGCAACAUUCAUUACGACCAACAUUACAGCCUUCAGCCUCCCGUAAGCCCUAUAUUGCUGCAUGCAGUUGGGAUCUUAUACUAUACUUGUCGGGAACCAUCUCUUUUUCUGAAUAACAGGACGCGUAAGUUCUUCUGAAGAGUUAUUUGCUGCUGCAGCCCGCGGAUUACAGCUACUCAACAAUGAAGAAUUUCGGUUGUUGAUGACAAGUAUUAUUGUGUAUGUGGAAUUUUAUGCAGUUGGCAUUGCUUGAUGCUUACAGCUACUCAACAAUGAAGAAUUUCGGUUGUUGUAUCUCAUUGUUCUUAUGAUGAAGAUGUCAACAGCCCAAAAAUUAUGACUGUCAGUAUUCUGCAUCACAUAAAGUUCAAAUAUGGCUAUGGCAUGCAAAGAGUUCUUCAAGUUGCAAAUUGGAAUCUAAUAUUUAUAGUUUAUUGAAUCUUGACAGCUUGUAACUACAAACCUGUGGACAGCUGCUUGUCAGUCUUAUUUAUGUAUAUAUAUAUUUUUUUUGUUUA